GAUAGAUAUAAGGACAAUCUGCUUUAUUGAAAUUAUUAGUUUGUUCUAUGAUCCACAUCGGAGUUAUUAGAAUCUAAAAUUGAUAUUUUAUCAUGAAAAUAAAAUUAUUGUCACAACUUAUUUUAAUUUUAACGGCAUUGCUGGUUACUGUAUCUCAAGGAUUCCUCUUCGGAUUUCCUAGGAAUGUAUUAAGAGAUUUUUUGCAAUUAUUAAAAGAAAGAAAAGAAGUAAGGAAACAAGUAAAGGAAAAUCUUUAUAUAGAUCAUUAUCAUAUAUACUAUUAUCCAAUAGAAUAUUCAAUAUUUGAACCACCAUUAAAAGCACCUAAAAAAUACGAAUUAGAAGAAAUACAUAACAAUCAUUUGGCAACACUUGGAUGGUCUAAUCAUGAAUAUAAAUAUGUUCCUGAAUCUAAAAUUUUUUCUAAUUUAUAUGAUUCGUGAAAACAAUCUGUGUUCUGGAAUCAUGAAAUUUUUGAUUGAUAUAUAUAUAUUUACAAUAUUUAAUUAUUUUAUUUUCCAUUAUGUA